GAGAAUAAUUAUUUCUCACGCAUUUUAGCAGUUAAGCUCUCAUGAAACUUUCGGUUUUUUCGCUGUCUUUGGGGUAACAUUAUUCUUCUGAAACAUAAGAUUAAUUUAAACGAUGGCCGAAGGCGACAGUUACGGAUGCAAAACGUAUUUUUUGAUUUCGCUCGAAGGACUUCUAUAUUUGUUACAGUUCGUUCUCGGCCUGAUUGCAUUUGCAUUGGUUCUGAGUCAUGAAGAAUCCAGCAUAUUCUCUCAUUAUGGUUUCUUCAUCGUUGUCAGUGCUCUGUGUUGGAUCGGAGCUUUACUCAUUAUCUUCUUCCAUGUGAUUGGUUGCUGUAAAGUCAAGAUACUGGGUGUUUGGCAGAGGGAGUAUUCUCUGUGGAUUUUUCUGCUGAGUUACUGCUUGUCGUACUUCUUCUUUUUCUUGUUCUCCUCGGCUCUUUUGUCCCAGUGGACCCUGAAUUCUGCGCAGUUUAUCAUUGCAGCAAUCUGUGGCUUUAUUUUGGUGAUUGUGUUUUUCAUCCUAUGUGUUAUUUACUAUCGCCGGGUCAGAAAAAUCAGACUGACAGAGGUGGCCUGGGAAGGUGAUAAAUCAACCAGGGCAUAGACAAGCAACAGCUUUUUAAGACUGGCCAUUAAAAAAAACUUGUAAAUGUUUUUCAAGCAAUAAUUCUGAGCUGAAGAAAGUGGUACAACUUAAAGUUUGCUUAGUAAACUCACUUAGACUUUGUUGGUGAAAAUCAAGGUGUGCAUGUAUAAAACUUUUUUUAACAACAGAAUUUGUCAAAAAAGAAAUGGAAAAUAUUGUACUGUUCCCAUUUGUGAGCACAAAGACAAUUUUUUGAGGACAUAAAUAUUGUUGCUGGAUUGAUGUUAUGGAUUUGCUUAUUUUAACUUAACUAAGAUGUACAUUGUGUAUGUUUUAUUUACACUGUUUUGUGGAAAAUAUCACAAUUUACUUUGGCAAUGGAUUGGAUAGUGCCUUUAAUGUGUUGGUAGGAGUUUUUUUUCUUAUCUGUUAUUUACUUGAUUUUAGCAUACAGAUAUUAAUUAUGGCUCACAAUGAGAAUGUCUUUCCCUACUUUUUCAUUUGGCCUAACAUGGCAUAAAGACAUUUAGGGCAUAAACAGCCAAUUUUUUCAGAUUUGUAAUUAGUUUGUCGUAAAUGCUUAGGUCUCACUCCUAAGAAAUUAUUAGUUACUGCCCAAUUUAGUCUGUUCCCUAAAUAGAAAUAAAAUAUGAACUUUUCUUUUUCAAUUUUCCAAAUGCAACGGAAGCUGAAACACUACAGGAAUUACACAUUAAUAUUUUUCAGGGUGGUUAGGCCAAAUUGUUGGUUGAAUUUUUUCUCUCAUUUAAACCUCUAAAAAUCGAUUCUUGUUAGUGUCUGUCAUAAAUUCCUUACAUAUGUAACUAUGAGAAUUUGAAUCAGAGAAUGUUCUGCAAGUGAUGUUUUUCUUUCCUCUUACUAGUGAAAAAAUUAGUAAGUGAUGACACUGUUAAGCAAUGAAAUUCUUAGGGACAUUCCAUGAAAGGACAUUCUCACUGGCACUUAAAUUCAAGGGCCCCUUUUGGCAUUUCUGGUGAUUACUAUUUGCACUAAAAGGUGUCUGUCUAUCUACUGGGCUGUCAUCUGUCUCUGUGUUUGUCAGUCUCCCUCUCUCUGUAAAUCUGUCUGUUACAGUUGCACAACCUUGAAAAUUACAAUCUGCUGGAAGUAAUAAAUUUUACUUAGUUCAUCUCUGAUAUCAAUUUGCAGGAAUAUGCAGUUUAUUUAAACUGAACAGAUCUGACUAAUUUUAUCACAGUUUGCAUUUGGUAAUGGCCAUUUAUUUCACAUAAGUUUUGGUAGAAAAAGUUCUGUAGUAAUGAGAGUAGUGUUACCAGAAUGUACUGGGUCUCUCUCUAUUUUAUGUAAUAUAUUUCUGUGCUUAAGCUGCAUUGAUAACUUAUUUUUUCACUUCUCAAACCUUUGAAUGGGUAGCAACUAAAGUUACCAAUUUUUACCUAUGUAAUUAUAUAGUCUGAUUGUCCAGGUGAGAGUUAUCCAAAAUUGUUAUCCUAAAGACUGUGUUUUACGAGCUUGACUCCUAUGGUGACUUGUGUUCAUCAGUCAAUGCUUCCAACAACACUACUUAGUUAGGUCCAGGAACACUCUAACCUGGACGAUCAGAUCAUAUCAUCUAUCUUUACCCCUGGGUUCAAUCCAUGCACUGUGUAAUGACCUAGCUCUGGCUGCAGACCUUACUUGGCACACUUGUAAGGUUUCAGCUAACUGCAGCACAUAAUGUGUAACAGUUAGCAUUUUGGCAUAGUGAGCUAAUGAUUAAUAGCAAAAACACUUGAAGUCAGGUAUUUAUGAGAUGAUCUGAUUUUUGAUUGAAUGUUAUCAGUAGGUAGAUAUUAAAGUUUAGCUUCUAAAUGUA